AUGCGCCAUUCCCAAAAGGGUCGAGGGUUCAAUACUGGGGUCAUCCUUCUGGACCUUCAGAAGCUACGAGAUCUGAAAUGGAUGCAGAUGUGGCUCCUGACGGCAGAGAAAGAGUUAAUGAGCCAAUUCUCAACAGCUCUCGCAGACCAGGACAUUAUCAAUGCAGUUAUCAAACAGCAUCCCUUCCUGGUGUAUACUCUGCCCUGUGCCUGGAAUGUUCAACUUAGUGAUAAUACAAGAAGUGAGUUGUGUUAUAAUGAGGUCACAGACCUGAAGGCGAUCCAUUGGAACUCACCCAAAAAGCUGAGGGUCAAGAACAAACAUGUUGAGUUCUUCCGCAACCUUUACCUGACGUUCCUUGAGUACGAUGGCAACCUCCUCCGCAGGGAGCUGUUUGGAUGCACAGAUGGCAAGGCUAAUAAUACUCUUCAUGAAAAGUUAAGCAGCUUAGAUGAGGAUGAUCAAUGUUAUGAGUUUAGGAGAGAGCAACUUUUGAUGCACAGAACACAUCUCUACUAUCUUGACUACCAACAACCUAAAUUCUUGGACACCGAUGUGACACUAGUCGCCCAGCUCUCGAUGGACAGGUUACAGAUGCUGGAAGCUAUAUGUAAACACUGGGAAGGUCCCAUUAGUUUAGCACUGUACAUGUCUGAUGCGGAGGCCCAGCAGUUCCUCCGAUAUGCCCUCAGCUCAGAAACCCUGAUGGCCAGAAAGAAUAUCGGCUAUCAUGUUGUUUAUAAAGAUGGGCAAUUUUACCCUGUGAACUACCUGCGUAAUACAGCCAUGAGUCAGGUGAAGACUCCUUACAUGUUUCUGAGUGAUAUUGACUUUCUUCCCAUGUACGGACUCUAUGACUACCUGAGGAAAGCUAUCGGAAUGCUGGAUAUGGCUACGGCAAAUAAGGCUUUAGUAGUUCCAGCGUUCGAGACGUUACGCUAUCGUCUCAACUUCCCCAAGUCCAAGGCGGACCUACUUCACAUGCUUGACAUGGGGACGCUCUUCACCUUCCGUUACCAUGUAUGGCAGAAAGGCCACGCCCCUACCAACUUCGCCCGCUGGAGGACUGCCACUACACCCUAUCAGGUUCAAUGGGAACCCGACUUUGAACCUUAUGUGGUCGUCAAGAAGGAUUGCCCCAAGUAUGAUCCUCGGUUCCUUGGCUUUGGUUGGAACAAAGUCUCUCAUAUAAUGGAACUGGAUGCCCAGAGCUAUGAUUUCAUUGUGCUUCCCAACGCUUUCAUCAUUCACAUGCCCCAUACACCUAGCUUUGAUAUUGCCAAGUUUAGAAGUAGUCAACAGUACCGAACGUGCCUGCAAACAUUAAAGGAAGAGUUCCAGAGAGACAUGUCUAAAAAAUAUGGCUUCGCUGCUUUGAAAUACGUUGCCGUAGAAACAUGACACCGUACAGUGAAACAUCAGUAGAAACACCCCUUUUAUAGAAAUGGUACAUCCCAGAACAUUUUAGUGUACGAUGGACAACAUUGAGUACUAUUGAUGCUUCAGGAACGAAUGGAAAUACACGUAUGGAGUACCAAAGCGAUGACGUCACAAGAUCUUUUUGCAUUUCAGCAUUUUGGGUGCCAGAUGGUGCCGGGGGAACAUGAUGUCAAAGAUCUACCAAAUUUGUUGGCAAUUGGUUCAUGGGUCCCCAAGAUAUGGCCGUAUGAAUGUCGACUUAGCUCCAUUUAAAAUAAGUGUAAAUUGGUAUAGCUCCUGAUGUUAUGAACCAUCCCAAUUUAUGCUGAUCUCAGUGGGAACCCCAAAGUAUUAACUUGGCUGUUCCUUGGACCACCGUGAAAUAAUUUUGACAAAUUUUGUGUUUGAAAUUUGUCAUCAUGCUCUAUCAACAUAAGUAUUGGUCAUGAAUAUGCUGAUGUCACGCUUGGGUGCUCUAGAGCAGCAUAAAUAUUGAUGAUGGUUUUACUACCCCUUCAGGAAUAAUGGUAGGAUCCUAAAACAUUUGAAUAUGAUGGUAUUACUAUACCCUUCAGGAAUAAUGGUAGGAUCCUUAAACAUUUGAAUAUGAUAGUAGCAUUGCCCCUUCACGAACAAUGGUAGGAUCCUUAAAAAAUAUGCAAGAAUUGCUUAAUAACCUUGACAACUAAUGAGGCUUCAGGAAGCUUGUAGAAUGAUUACCAAGUCUGUGGUGAUAAUGGUAGUAUUACGCAUUUCAGGAAGAAUGGUAGGAUCCUAAAACAUUUGAAUAUGAU